GCAGCGGCAGAAUUUAGGGGCUUACCCCCCACCUAGCUAGUCUUUCCAGCUGAGGAUUCCUCUCCGCUCUCAUCCCCGAAGCUUUUCAGAAUCCGAGCCUGGAGGCCCUUUAAAGGGUGCCAGUUGCCCUUUGCUGGGUUCUGGGGCUUUGGUCCCAGACCGUAGGGACAGAGAUGGCUUCCCUGCGAAUCCGGGAGGCCAAGGAGGGCGACUGUGGAGACAUCUUGAGGCUGAUUCGGGAACUAGCUGAGUAUGAGAAACUCUCGGAUCAGGUGAAGAUCAGUGAAGAAGCCCUGAGAGCAGAUGGCUUUGGGCAGAAUCCUUUUUAUCACUGUUUGGUGGCAGAGAUUCUUCCAGCGCCUGGGGAGCUACAGGGUCCCUGUAUGGUGGGCUAUGGGGUAUACUACUUCAUUUACAGUACAUGGAAGGGACGCAGCAUCUAUCUGGAAGACAUCUAUGUGAUGCCUGAAUAUCGGGGUCAGGGAAUUGGUUCCAAAAUAAUCAAAAAGGUGGCUGAGGUGGCCUUGGAUAAGGCUUGCUCCCAGUUACGCCUGGCAGUCCUGGAUUGGAACAAAAGGGCCAUAGACUUGUACAAGGCCCUACAAGCCCAAGAUCUUACUGAAGCUGAGGGCUGGCAUUUCUUCUGCUUUGAAGGAGAGGUGAUGAAGGAGUUGGCAGGAAGGUGAUGCCAUCAUCGCUUGGGGAUCUCUCCCUACUUGAGUUUCUCCUUCUCCACCAACUCAAGACAUAGGCCUCCCUGGAGGAGGGUGGGUUGGGGGGGUCCUAUGCUGAAGUAUGGAUAAGGCAGAAUUGUGGGAGAGGCCUUUGUUGAGUGUGAUAUAUAAUAAUAAAUGAGAAUUACUAUGUC